CCAUAGGCAACACUAGUGAACUUUACCCCGGAGGAUCACAAGAAGCCAGUGAUCUUCACUGCCGAUCGCCGUGGCUCGACAGAGCAGAAAGACACAACAGUCUGCCUCUAAAUAACAUUCCUUUUGCCUACCCCGAUUCGAUUUUGAUGUUUGUAAUCCCGACCGAUCGGUUUCUUCUGGAUGGCGUGUUUCGAUCUUCGUGACCAUCAAGCAUGGCUUCCACCUACUCCGGCGGAAUCUUCGAUAGUUUAGGCAAAUUCUAUGUAUCCGUGGCCAUCGUGUGGUCGGUCGCCCUUCUCGUCGGCUCCGUCUUCCUUGUCGUCAAUCGCCAUGAGCAAUGCAUUCGCAUUCGAAACCUACCUCUCGCCCUGAGCGCGGUAUCAUGUCUUCAUAUCUACUGGAUUCUUUGCAUGUUGGCUUACACGAUGGCCGGUGAAUACCCCUGCGGUGUGGAGUACUGGAUCAUGAGUGUUUACCUGCCGCUGGGAAUCGCUCUAUUCCAAGCCAACAGCAUGCAACUCCUAAGCGUCUCCGGCAUUCAAGAGAAGAUGCUCCAAACCGCACACCAACCGCAGAGAGCCAGGUACAGUACUGGUUCGAAAGGUCCCAGUCAAUACUGGCGUCAAUGGAAGCAAAUGAACUUGGUCCACCGGACGGAAGUGGCUAUUGCGGUGGGAAUGGCAGUCCAAUUAAGUCUGUCGCUCUCUAUCUACCUCGCGUCUCGAAAGUUCCAUGGCUUCGGCAGCUUCUCCCAACAUGGCAGUCUUGCGGAGUGUCGGCGAGGUCCUGAAUGGAUCCCCUCAAUUCUGUGGCAAUUGUUCUGGUCUUGGAUAUUUGCGCCGUGCGUUCUCUGGAAGAUUCGCAAGAUUCGCGACAUACAUCACUGGAGGCUUCAAAUCACACUCUGCGUCAUCGCCGCGUUACCAGGUUCGCCCUUGUGGUUUAUAGCGCUCAAUUCGACCUCCGGGGCUUGGGCAACCGUUAAUCGGUACUGGGUACCAGCUCUUUGGUUUACUCCGGGCAUUGUGGCGAUGGAGGGCGUUACAAUCUUCUUUCCAUGUUACGAGCUUAUCGUUUCCCGAAAGCAGCGAGAUCGCAUCCUUGGAGAGAUUCGAGCCUGGAACGAGAAGAAAGGUGCCGAUAGCGAGUCGGAUUCGGGGACGUCGAGAUCGCAGGCUGGCUCCAGCCGCAUGCCUGAGCUGUACUCCAUAAAGGCGUUGGAGAAGUGUCUAUCGGAAGACUCCCAUGCCCUGCUCCACUUCGCUGCGGCCAAAGAAUUCAGCGGCGAGAACAUUAUCUUCUUGAAUUACGUGCGGGACUGGAAGGCCACCUGGGCCAGGAUCAACGCUUCGAAUCCCGAAUACGAUUGGAGCCGCGAUCCUCAAUAUCACCGGCUUCAUUUCUUCAAGAUUGCGGUCGAGAUCUAUAGCGCCUGCGUCAAUUUGAAAACGGCGGAAUUCCCGAUCAAUGUCGAAUCGCGGAUCUACUCGGAUUUAACGAAAAUGUUUGGGGAGGCAGUGCAAAGUUCCGGUCGGCGUAUGUCAAGAGGCGCCGCAACACACAUGGAAGAAGACACUCGGGCUCUGUGUCUGGAUGAAAAUCCGUACGUGAGCCAGAGUAUCAUGCAUAUCAAAUCCCGGGUUCCCGACUCAGUUGUGGUUCCUCCAGACUUUGGGAUUUCUGCUUUUGACGAGGCCCAGAAGUCCAUCCUCACUCUGGUGUUCACUAAUACCUGGCCUAAAUUUAUUGAUUCUUCGAGCGACGACUUGUCCAUCAAAUUUUGAGUAAAGAUACAGCAGUUCCGGCAUGGCUUUUUGGUUUGGGGUUCUGGUUCGGGGGUCUAUGGUAAUUUACUAUUAGGUACAAAUGAGG